AUGGAACGAAAUGCUAAUGCAUAUAGUGAACUAUUUUAUCAUUGUAUACAAGUAUUAAAUGAAUAUGAUCAUAGUAUAUCCGAAGAAACAUUUUUAGAACAGUAUUUUCAAGACAAUAAAGUUCCAAAUGAAGCCUUCGUGUCAACAAUCUUAUUGGAUUGCAUACGACAUUCAACAUUACUCAAAACUGUAACUGACAUAUUUUAUGCUACAGACGGGAUCAAUAUUCGAAAAUCCGAGCAAAAUAUUUAUAAGAUCAUUGCUUAUCUCAUCUUCUAUCAAUUGGAUAGUGUUGGAUUUAAAUUAUUACGUGGUUUUAUCGAUUCAGUUCAAUUAAAUCGAGUGCAUCAGUUUUUGAAAUUCCUGAUUGAUGACGAACAUCUUCAAGCAAUUCAAAAAGAAUGUAUGAAAUUAUAUGAACAAGAAUAUAUCGAUGAAAAAAUCGGUCGAGUCAUUAAAACAUAUUUACCAGAUUUACGUGCGAUUCUACUCGAUCUUUCAGAUGCUGUUGAAGGACGUACAGCACCGCGUCCAGUACCAGAACCAACUAAAUCAAAACCAUUCAAUCUUACUGCACCCAAAGCACGAAUGGUGCCCAUACCGAAAAUUAUUCCUAAAAUCGACAAAGCUCGAACAGUACCUAAAACAACCUAUGAACUCCCACGAGAUCAUGUAGAAUUAGAAAAAAUUCGUGAAGAUAAUCAUCGUCGUGGCUUAAAUAAACUCGAUCAAACACGAGCAUUGCAUCAUCACUUUUUACAAACAGACAAAUCAUCUAAAACUCAAAGUAAAAUAUCAAAAAUCAUGCAAGAACGUGAGAAAAAUUAUCGCUUUGAUCAUUUUCGUGCCAAUCCACCUCCGAAACCUGAAGCAAAUAAAAUUCCAGUGAAAUUAAAUAUUGCUACGAUAUUAAAAGAAAGUCAAUUAUAUAAAAAACAAGAAGACGAUGUUCGUCGACGUUUAAUGGAUUUCGAAGCUGGUGGAAAAGAUGCACAAGAAUUCACUCAAUGGCAACAAACAAUGCAAAAACAAGAUUAUGACGAUCAAAUGACUACUAUUGAACGAAAGCGACUAGAAGGAAAAAUGAGUUAUGAAGAAGCUAUACUUGCACGACAACGUUUAACAGAAGAAAAUCGACGUUUAGCCGAGGAAUUAAAACGUCAAACACGUGAAGCUAUUGAAGAACAUGUUAAAGAAAAAGUCAAAGACGAACAACGAAUGAAACAAUUAAUUGAUGAAGUUGUUAGUGGAAGAGAAAAUGCAAAACUGUCCCAACAAAAACUUCAACAAUACAAAGCUGAUUUUGUUAAACAAUAUAAAGAAGAACAUAAACAAAUGAUGAAACAAGCUCUUGAGGAUGCUGAAGCAGAAAUACGACAACGUGCUGAAUUAAUUCAACAAAUUCGUGUUUUGGAAUCAGUACCUAUCGACAGAUACAAACAAGUUGAUCUAACGUCCGUAGCUGGACACGGUGUGCACGAUGAAAUGUCCAUAGCUGAGUUACGUGAACGUCUUGAAAUAGUUAAACUUGAACGAGAAAAGGAACGAGAAUCACGCCGUGAUCUUAUUGUUAAAGAGAAACAAACCAAAGAACAAAUGAUUACACAUACAGUUCAAAAUAUUGUUAAAUAUCGUAAUGAAUUAACUACGCAAACAGCCAUUAAAAAACAACGACAAAGCAGUGCACCAUCCAAUUUUACUGCAAAGCCUGAAAUUGAACAAUUAAAACAAACUAUCGAAUCUAAAAAGGCACAACGCGUAUCACGGCAACAACAAAUACGAGAAACUCUUUCAACACUUUCAGUUGCAUCUGUAUCAUCAACCAGUCGUAACACAACCUUCAAACCAACAACAGAAUGGAAUCGUUUUGACCAGUUAGAAAAAUCGUAUGAUAAAGCACAAAAACGCAUUGCACCAUCUCUCAUUGCUUAG